AGCGGAGGCGGCGGGAGCGCCGGGUGCCGGGCCGGGGGAGCCGCGGGCUCUCGGGAAGACGCGGAUGAUGAACAAGCUGUACAUUGGGAACCUGAGCCCCGCCGUCACCGCCGACGACCUCCGGCAGCUCUUCGGGGACAGGAAGCUGCCCCUGGCGGGACAGGUCCUACUCAAGUCCGGCUACGCCUUCGUGGACUACCCCGACCAGAACUGGGCCAUCCGCGCCAUCGAGACCCUCUCGGGUAAAGUGGAAUUGCAUGGGAAAAUCAUGGAAGUUGACUACUCAGUCUCUAAAAAGCUAAGGAGCAGAAAAAUCCAGAUUCGGAACAUCCCGCCUCACCUGCAGUGGGAGGUGUUGGAUGGACUGUUGGCUGAGUAUGGGACAGUGGAGAACGUGGAGCAAGUCAACACAGAUACAGAAACUGCCGUUGUCAACGUCACCUAUAUGACAAGAGAAGAGGCAAAGCUAGCUAUUGAGAAGCUCAGUGGCCAUCAGUUUGAGGACUACUCCUUCAAGAUUUCCUACAUCCCCGAUGAAGAGGUGAGCUCUCCUUCACCCCCUCAUCGAGCCCGGGAACAAGGCCACGGCCCCGGGAGCUCUUCUCAGGCCAGACAGAUUGAUUUCCCGCUGCGGAUCCUGGUCCCCACCCAGUUUGUUGGUGCCAUCAUCGGAAAGGAGGGCUUGACCAUAAAGAACAUCACUAAGCAGACCCAGUCCCGGGUAGACAUCCACCGGAAGGAGAACUCCGGGGCUGCAGAGAAGCCUGUCACAAUCCACGCCACCCCAGAAGGGACAUCUGAAGCAUGCCGCAUGAUUCUUGAGAUUAUGCAGAAGGAGGCUGAUGAGACCAAACUGGCUGAGGAGGUCCCUCUGAAAAUCCUGGCCCACAACGGCUUCGUUGGAAGACUGAUUGGCAAAGAAGGCAGAAAUCUGAAGAAAAUAGAACACGAGACAGGGACCAAGAUAACCAUCUCAUCCUUGCAGGAUUUGAGCAUCUAUAACCCCGAGAGAACCAUCACCGUGAAGGGCACCAUUGAAGCCUGUGCCAGUGCUGAGAUAGAGAUUAUGAAGAAACUGCGAGAGGCCUUUGAAAACGACAUGCUGGCCGUUAAUCAACAAGCCAAUCUGAUCCCAGGGCUAAACCUCAGUGCACUUGGCAUCUUUUCGACAGGACUGUCUGUGCUUCCUCCGCCAGCAGGGCCCCGUGGAGUUCCCCCCAGUCCCCCCUAUCACCCCUUUGCUACCCACUCCGGAUACUUCUCCAGUCUGUACCCUCAUCACCAUUUCGGCCCAUUCCCACAUCAUCACUCCUACCCGGAGCAGGAGACUGUGAGUCUCUUCAUCCCAACCCAGGCUGUGGGUGCUAUCAUCGGGAAGAAGGGGGCACACAUCAAACAGCUCGCUCGAUUUGCUGGCGCCUCCAUCAAGAUCGCUCCAGCAGAAGGUCCGGAUGCCAGUGAGAGGACAGUCAUCAUCACGGGUCCCCCCGAAGCCCAGUUCAAGGCUCAGGGACGGAUCUUUGGGAAACUGAAAGAAGAAAACUUCUUUAAUCCCAAAGAAGAAGUGAAGCUGGAGGCCCACAUCCGAGUCCCCUCGUCAACUGCUGGUCGGGUGAUUGGCAAGGGCGGCAAAACCACUGCGCAACGCAAGAUCAGGGAAAUUGUACAGCAGGUGAAGCAGCAGGAGCAGAGGUACCCUCAGGGAGUCGCCCCACAGCGCAGCAAGUGAGGCUCCCACAGGCACCAGCAAGCAACAGAUGAAUGUAGCCCUCCCAACCCCUGACAGAUGAGACCAAACAGCCAGCGGAUCGGGAGCAAACCAGAGACCAUCCCGAGGAGUGCGCAGUCUGCAGAGCAGCCAGGACCUGCAGACCUCUACACCUCCUGGGAUGCAGGAGGGCACAGGGAAGGCCGGGUUCUCCAGAAACACCGCUUGGCCUGCCCCCAGCUUCCCCUGGCUUCUGCAGGCAUAACAGCCAUCCACUGCCCAUCCAACUCAGAUUCUCCUCAGCUCCCAGGACGCUAUCCCUUUCCGUUGAACUAACAUAGGUGAACACGCUCAAAGCAAAGCAAAAUUCCUAGCCGUUUCUUUGUUGUGGAAAGUUGUCUCUGUACAUGUUAUGUACAUAGCAGAAGGGGAAGGGUGUUAUGAAAUGUGGCCUGUGGGUUACACAGGGCGCCUGCAGCGUUAAUAUAUUUUAGAAAUAAUAUAUCAAAUAACUCAACUAACAACAAUUUUUACUCAGUGAUUAAUUUUGUUUUCUUUUUGAAGAGAAAGCAGGCUUUUCUAGACUUCAAAGAAUAAAGUCUCGGGUGAGGUCCACUGGUAUAGAAAGGAACUUUGAGCCACCCACACGAAAAAUUCACUUGGAGGGAAAUCUUGUCAAGGACACUUAAUGGCAGUUGUGGGUCACCUGUGUCUGUCAACAGAAGGGAUACCGUCCCUGAGGAGGGGCCCUAGGCCCUGGUCACCCGUUUCUCCCAUACACCCAUCGCUCAGCUCCACAGGUUUUAAACUGGUUUUGUUUUGUUUUUUCUUUUGUUUUGCAUACUGCUAUAUAUUUCUGUCUCUCUCUUUAUCUCCCUCCCCACCUUCCUCCGUCCUCUUUACCUGAAAUUCUUUUGAGUCCCUUCAUCCUUUUUCUGCUCCCCAUAUCUAUGCACCCCACCCCCCAUCCCCCCAGGCAAAGCAGUGCUCUCAAUACCGUACCACACACAAGGAACAAACGCGAACCACACAGACCAGCCUCAGCUUACACUCGGUUACUCAAGCGAACAAGAGUCGGCGGUACUUGUCCUAGCGUUCGGAAGAGGAAAGCAGGAACCCGGCAAACCAAGCAGCCAACCAAACAAAGAAAAACUCCACAAGGAAAGAAUGUACUCUCUCUUUACAUCUUGGUAUACAAGCCAUCAACACUUAGUGAAAUUCUUUCUUUCUUUAAAAAUUUAAAGCGCAGGAAAAUAGCAAUUUAUAUGAGGUUGUUGGCCCAGGGCGUUAAAUUUACAGAUUUUUUUUUUUUUUAAAUGAGAAAAACACACAAAUAAAAGCUACCUCAGGUGUUUUUUACCUCAGCACCUUGCUCUUGUGUUUCCCUUAGAGAUUUUGUAAAACUGAUAGUUGGAGCAUUUUUUAUUUUUUUAAUAAAAAUGAGUUGAAAAAAAAAAAAGAUGAGCUGCCAGCCCCGAGCAGGCGGCAGCCCAGGUGUGCAGCAGCUCUUCUGUCUUCCACUAGCCAAGAGCCUACAUGGCCUUCUUGUGGACAAACCUAAAAAUGUUUAUUUUUAAAAAAAUGACAAAGAAAAACAGAGAAUAUUGGAACCGUCCUGAAUUUCAAUAGGGUACGUGCCGUGAGGGCUUUUGCGCUGAAGGAUGACCACGUCCUGGUUAUGUGAAGAAACCAUGACACUACCAGACUGCGAUGCCGGUUUCCUCUACUGCAAACAGUGUUCUGUGACAAAAAAAAAAAAAAAAAAAAAAAAGGAAAAAAUAUAUC